CCAUCAUUUUUUUUUUUCAGUCCACGAAUCAAAUAGACGAUGAAUUUCGAAAAAAUCUUGAAUUCUUUCAGUUUGGAUUUAAGUUUUGGAACUGGCGGAUUGUCGCUUGUUGUUGCUAUUCUCAUACUAAUUAAUCUAUUCCAGGGAUUAUUGAAAUGGUUUACUAUCAACCUGAAAAAACCACCUGGUCCAGCUGGACUUCCUGUUGUGGGGUAUUUGCCUUUCUUAGGUAAAGAUCCCCAUAAGACAUUCUGGAAUUUGAGAGAAAAAUAUGGAAAUAUAAUAGGGGUUCAACUUGGUCCCAAAUACACCGUUGUGCUGAAUGAUUACAACUCGAUGAAAGAAGUCCUUUGUCACCCUGCUGCUUUAAACAGAGCUCCUGAUCUUUUCGGAGGAUUAGAAGCUGAUGGAAUAGUAACAGCUAAUGGCGAAAAGUGGCAGGAACAGAGAAAAUAUAUUACAUCAACAGCUCGAGAUCUAGGCCUUGGAAAAGGUCGGUGGGAAGAUCUUAUCAUGGAGGAAAUAAAUAUAUUCAUAGAGAAACUCAAAGAAUUGAAAGGAGAACCUACUGAUAUUUCUUCCAUUUUGAGCUGCUCUCUCAAUUCGAAUAUCAUUGCUAUGUUAGCAGGCCGACGACUGUCAGAUGCAGAAGAAAUUAAGCUGUGCACUGAGUUCACAGAACUUGCGCUGUUACUCACUAGGCCUUCGUCUGCCACCUCUGUUAUGCCCGGAUUGAGAAAGUUCUGCAAGUUUUUCAAGAUAGCUGGCUAUGACAGAUAUUCAAAAAUCAAUCGAAAAUUUGCAGAAUUUAUGAUAGAACAAAUCAACCGUCACAAAACAGUGCCAGAGUGCAUGUCUGAGAGAAAUUUCAUAAACUCUUACCUGGAGACUCUUUCAAAGAUGUCUGAAUCUGAAAGCGCAAAGCGUUAUUUUUCAGAAACUGAGUUACGAGGACACCUAACCGCUCUGUUUCUGGGCGGCAGUGAUUCAAUAUUAAGUUCCCUCAUCUGGCUGUUUCGACUCAUGUGCCAACAUAAGGAUGUCCAGGAUAAAGUUUACAAUGAGUUGAUGGAAGUUAUAGGGAAAGAUGGUUGGGCGCGGUAUGAAGAAAGAGAAAGGAUUCCUUUCACAUUCGCCGUCAUCAUGGAAGGCCAACGAUAUGGAAGCAUCACUCCACUCAGUGGAACAAGAUUGGAGCACCUCUAAAUAAGGAUGAGAAGCUUCCGGCAUGGUGAUUGGUUCCCGUCAACCCGAGGGUACACGAAAAGGUGGAGGUCUGGCUCCUCCCAUAGCUGACGGGACGUACUUCCUUAGGGAAGGGUUGUACCGUGGCCGGUGAUGGUCCUUAGGACUCAACCACAGUUCCCGCCAAUAUUUCUGUUGCGGCGGACCGGUCAUUCAGUAUUAUUUAUCCGUAUGCCUUCGGGCGAUUCGGAGUCACUGAUAUGACUUAAUAUAAAUAAAAGUCAUUGUAACUAUUUAUAUAUAUAUAUAUAUAUAUAUAAAAUAUAAGAAUUGCAUGCAUGUUUCCACAUCUCCUCCUAAAAAAAUGCCCCGGAAUUAACCGGGGCACGAUAAAGAUACGGAUAUACAAAUGUAAAAGGUUAGGGUUAAUACUUUUAACCUUCAAAGUACAAAAUAACCUUAAACCUUUCAAAGUUACCUUUAACCUUUAAAGUUAACCUUUACCUUUAAAACCUUUCAAAGAACAAAAAUGUAUUAAAUAUUCAAUUAAUUAAAGGUUUUUAAUUUGGGCAAUAAUUAAUUUUUAAUUUAAAACAAAAGUUUUGUCUUUUUUUACAUUUUAAACUACUCUAUCACUAUUAUCUUAAAUAUUUUCCUUUAUUUUAAUACUUAUUUUGACUUUGCUUUUGCUAGCCUUAUGGUAGGAUGUAAUUCUAGUUAAAUCAAAUCUUAAAUAAAACGCUCAAAGCAAAAUAACAUUUCUUAUACUAAAGCAUUUCUCAAAAACAACUGCAAUACUAAUAAAACAAACGUUAAAAACUUUUGGAGAAAAUUAGUUAUCGGCGGUUUUUAAAAACCAUUUGGUUCACAUGAUAUCCUAAUUUUAAUUUAAAAACAUUUGAGACGGCAAGAAAAGGAUUUUGUGAAUUGAAUAUUUAUACAAAAGCAAUUUUUACUUUAAGCAUAUUUACAUGAAAGGAUUUUCAUUUCUAACAGCGUCGAGUAUAUCAGCUCGAUAACAUAAGGAGUUACAACCGUGUUAUUACAUUUGUGUGUUGAUAGUUUCAUAACUAAGAAGAGAAUUUUACAAAUAUCUCUUACGAACGCUGAAUGGGUGCCAGACCAAUGACCUUCAGUCUUCAAAAAGUUCUCGAAAGUGUACGAAUUUUGGCCAUGAGCCGGGAAUCAUUAAUCCAACAUCCGUUAAACUUCCUGUAGAAUUAUCUUCCUGGAUAUGAGCCUAAUUGCCCAUAGAAGUAAUAAUAUGUAUUCGUAAUAUCAGAUAGAGCAAUUUUUACUUUAUUAUCAUGCGAGAACAUGUUGUUUUGGUUAGGGGUUUUGAAGCUCAAAAUCGCUUAGGCAGUGAAUAAAGCAUAAAUGGCAAUUUUCAUCAUCUUUUAAUCGCAUAUAUUUUUUUACCUGCUUUUACCAGUAUUGCUAUAUUAUUAAAUAUGCUUCUACAGCAGAUGCGUUUUUAAAAGGUUGAGGUAGAACUAUGACAUCAUAGUUAUUUCAUCUCAAAUCAAAGUUUCUAGCUGACAAAACUUUGUUUGCCAGCUAGAAAAAUUAAAAAUGAAAGUUUAAAAAAAUGAGAGAGACAGAGAGGGAUAGAGAAGUUUCAAACCGGUUUAAACUGGUUAAUGACUUAAAUUAAUUAGGACAAAUAAUGACUUAAAAGAUGAUUAUGUUCUCACAUGAUAACUUGAAAUUUGCGAUCGUAGAUUUCAUUUUAAUUUUUCUUCGGUUUUUUUAUUAUUUAGUUUGUUAUUUUAACGUUCCAAUUUGAGGCUCUCUUGAGCUGUUUUAAAACUUCCAUCUAAAGAAAAUUUAUAAUCAUUUUGAAAUCAGACUUCCUAUUUUCGGAAGUGUUUUACCUGAGUCCAUACAAAUUGUGAUGAAAUGUUCUAUGGCUUUAUUAAAUAUAUUAGUAAUAAAACUUCGAUGAUUUUAUAUUUGUUAUUUAUAUUAAAAACGUUUUCUUUUUCUGCAUUCACGAAAACCUCCUUUUUCUCAUUUAAAUAUUUUUAAAAUGGCGAGAAAACUGAUUAUAUCCUGCAAAAUUAAGAAAAUCAAUGAUAACAGCAAAAAUCCAUGAAAACAUUUCAUAACUGUACAUAUAGCUUCUGAAAUUUUUCACCCAAUUUUGUGAUUGACCUAAAUAUCACUUUUAAACAAUUUACUUUUUUACAUAAGUAGAUUAUCAUUUGUCUUAUCAUUAUCAUUUGAAAAUUUUGAAUAUCAUAAAUAAUGCAACAAAUCUUGAAUGUAUGAAAAUAAUAUAGAAUUCUACAUAACUUUGGCUCAAAUUUAUAAUUCGUCCAAAUAUUUCUUUUUAACUAUUAACUUCUUUCAUGUUGAUAAAAUACUGUAUGUGAAUUUGAAUUUCAAAUUUUCUUUUUAUCGAAUUGAUUCUUUUGAGUUUGGCAAUUUUUAUAUCUCCGAUUAUUUAUACUACUUUUCACUUAAUAUAGAAUUUUAAGAUUAUAGAUUUCUGCAUCCAAUUCUAACUAUUCCUGUGUUCUUUUUGUAAUAAACAUUUCUCUUGAACCAUAAAAAGUUACCACAAGUUGUAUUGUAGAAUAUUUUAAACGGUUCUUCUUU